GUGGGAGCGGGAGGCGACCUGGUGGAACCACUUUAGAGUCCCACACCGUUGCGGUGGCCUCGCAGCUCAGUGAUGAACUAGACUUGUCCAGACCGCAGCCUCCCAGAGAUGCCAGUGCGAGGUGCGCCCCGCCACUGGAGUCGGGCAUUAAAUCGACGAGCUGUCUGCACGAAGCGGGGAUGUGACGACCAGGGAGAUCUGCCCUGCAUUCCUGCCGCAAAUGAGGCACCACUUUUGGAUAAAAUACCUCUAAAAGUCAUGUAAGUGGGCAGCGUGUGUGACCUGACCAAGAUGCCUGCGGUAAAGGAAAGAAUCAUGACAGUGCACUGGACACAUAUUGUUGGAUGAAGUAGCUGGCCAUGUGAUUAUGCAGACAUCCCAGCAUGAAGCUGAUGGACCUAUUCCUAGCUCGCUCUCUCUCCACGUAUUUUUUGCUGCAGAGUUUUGUGCUCUUGAUACUGUGCUUUCACUCCACCAGCAUGUGUCCUAAGGGGUGCCUGUGUUCUCACAUCAGCAGCUUAAAUGUAAGCUGCAGCAACGCAAACCUGAAAGAGAUUCCCAAGGACCUGCCCCCAGACACUGCCUUACUUUACUUGGACUCCAAUCAAAUCAGGUCUGUUCCCAAUGAAAUCUUCAAAGACCUGUAUCAGCUCAAAGUACUUAAUUUGUCCAAAAAUGUUAUUGAAUCCAUAGAGGAGCAGGCGUUCAAAGGGGUGUCGGAUACCUUGCAGACUCUUGAUCUUACGAACAACAAAAUUCGAAGCGUGCACAAAGACACUUUCAGUAAGCUCAAAGGCCGAGCCCAGAUUUCUGACAAUCCGUGGCAUUGUGACUGCACCCUCCAGCAGGUACUGCACGACAUGCCCUCCAAACAUGAAACAGCCGGCAACAUCAUCUGUGAGACCGCCGUACUGGAGCAACACACUGGCAAGUCCUUCCUCAAUGCUGCCAGUGAAGCUGACCUCUGUAACCUGUCGAAAAAGACAACCGAUGUGGCAAUGCUGGUCACGAUGUUUGGCUGGUUCACCAUGGUGAUAUCUUAUGUAGUGUACUAUGUGCGGCAGAACCAGGAGGAUGCAAGAAGGCAUCUUGAAUAUUUAAAAUCACUCCCAAGCAAGCAAAAGCAGCCAGAGGAAUUAGAUGACAUUAGUACUGUGCUAUAAUGAGGUGGGAAAUGCUUUCAUAAAAAGGGUUUGAAAUUGAGCUUAUUCUGUGGAUAUUUAAAUUAUCCCCACUCAGCAGAAAAGUAGACAGCAAGUCCAACACUUUAAUCAGUAGCAAUUAUGGCCAUGGGUUCCCUCGGUAUGAAGCAAAUGAGGGUGUUAGAAGCUUCAAAAAAAUCUUGUGAAUGAUAUUCAUGUAUCACAUGGCAUUCCUUAGUCUCAAAUUUUUAACGGAAGUAAAUUAAAACCUGUACUGACUUGAUGAAGGGAAAGACAUGCAAAGGCGAUAAGCAUCCAGUUGCUACAGUAACCACUUGCUGACAAUAAUCAGUUGAAGGUGGAAGAAUGUGCCAGGUCAUUUUUAGAACUCGUUGAUGCAUCACUGUGGACACAGUCUACCUGAGAGUUUAAUUUGAAUGAUAACGUUGCAAGGGUGUUUGCAAGUGACUGACAGAGGCAGUAAAGGUUUCUUGCUUCUCUGCUCACAUGUUUCGGGUUCUGCAGGUAGACAUGCUUGCAUCCCACCUGAGGUCUCACGGGAGCGUUUCUGCAUUUUCUGGCAACUCAGCUCGUCUCGGACUAGGUCAGCAGAACUCGGCCACUGUACCAGUUCCCGUCACAGCUGGGACAGCAUGCUGCUAUCUGCUGGUUGUGCAAUGCGAUCAGCCAAAGGCUGGGUGGGCAAGGGUUACACCGAGCUGAGAAAACAAAGAUCAAAGAAAGGGAAAGAUCACUGAGAAGGAGAAGACUAGGAAAGCUAUUUGUGGGAAACAUUUCCACCAAGCUGUCGAGUGAAAACAAACAGGAGGGAGGGACAGGAAUAGAUCUGGAACUCCACUUGCAGGAUAUCUGUAACAAGCUGAACCCUGUGGGUCAGUGGGCACAGCUAGCAAAGGUAAGGAUCAUAACCUUUGCAUAGUUGUCAAACUAAAAGUAGCACUAGAAUCAGAAUAAACUUUUGAUCACUGAUUAUCGUCACAAUAAGAAUCAUUUCUGAUUGUGUCAGUCUCAUCUUCUGCAUAAAUUCAUGUAAAGGACAAAAUUACACCUUAAAUGUUUGGUUCAUCCAGAAUAAAGUUUGAAUGUAAAGCCAAGAUCCACAAAAUAAUGUAAAAUAGCUUCCGGAAUAGAUAUUGUACCAUUUUGGAUGAAUUGUAUCCAGUUUUAAUUGGCCCGUGUCAAUGGACCGUCCCACCCUAUGAGAAUAUAAACUCGAGCUGGUGUGAAGAAAUAGCACACUCAAUAUCAAAAUUGAUACUGCACCUGUGCGUGCUGGUCUGCUGAGAGGCAGGCAGUUAAAUUCCUUACUGAUUUUAUUAUGUGGUAUUAUGGCAAAAUGAGGGCGGGUCUAUUGUAUCAACAAAAGGAGCUGGGUUUCUCUAUGACUUGCUUCCUGCAGCUCAUUAGUCCUUAGAUACAAAGUGAAAAUCUAGAGAUCUGUUUGUUGGAGUGCUGAGACCUGCAUAUAAGGAAUUUUUGAGCGGGAAUAUAACAUUCAGCCCCUUAAAACUGAAUAAAACUGUCUCUCAAAAACGGAGACAAAUGGAACGAUGGAUGCUGGAAUCAUAGAAACAUAGAAACAUAGAAAUUAGGUGCAGGAGUAGGCCAUUCGGCCCUUCGAGCCUGCACCGCCAUUCAAUAUGAUCAUGGCUGAUCAUCCAACUCAGUAUCCCGUACCUGCCUUCUCUCCAUACCCUCUGAUCCCCUUGGCCACAAGGGCCACAUCUAACUCCCUCUUAAAUAUAGCCAAUGAACUGGCCUCAACUACCCUCUGUGGCAGAGAGUUCCAGAGAUUCACCACUCUCUGUGCACAAUGCAUAGCGCUGGAGUAAUUCAGUCGGGCAUCAUCUGUGGAGGGAAUAGACGGACGGUAUUUUGGGUUGUCAAAAAUUUACUUUACUCCAAUAUUACAUCCUGGCAUAGCAAACGUCUAGUUAUCUCAUUUUCAGACUUUUAUUGACCCAGUAUCAACACAUUUUAGAGAAAAAUCCCAAUCUCAAUUUCCCUUAAUGUGAAAUAACCAAAUGGUUUUGUUUGACAUUUAAGAUGAUGCCAAGAUACUUUUAGUGCAUAUUCUAAUUGGAUGGUGUUAUCAUCAAUGGAUGUGGAGAAUGUAAGUUUAAGCAUCGCUCUACCAGUGCUCAUUCUCACAAUCAAAAUAGACACGCGAGUACAGCGCGACACUUAGCACGUGAGGCUGUAUCCUGUGAAUUGGUCACCAUCUGGUGUGAAAAAGAAAAUGCUAUUCUACCAAAUCAAUGGCAGCAUAUGGGACAGUUGUAACAACGGAGCAGUGCGCUUGUUUUAUGAAGGAGCUACUGAGAUGGAAAUGAGGGUGCUGAGCUGAGUUGAAACAGCACCAACAGAUAGCUCUCCUGACCCAGUAACGCUGACCAUUUUGGAUCUUAAGAUCAAGCACAAUCUAGUACCGAAUGAUCCUGAUCUCCUUUUUAAGUGCCUGAAAUCUGUUUUGCCUGUUUGUGCUAAAUCUUGGAUAAUUUCUGCAAGAAAAUACAUUUUGUUAUCUUUCAUCUGAUGUCUGUAGCAAAUGCAUUGUAUAUUAUAACAUUAAUAUUUUGUCCAGCUACCUUAUUUGUCAUACUUGUAUUGAGUCUUAGA